ACGCCGGUAUGUGCGCAAGGAUCAAUGUAAACGGAGCAGAAUGAUGAUGUUGAGAUGAGAUUAAUAUAAAUAGUGUGUCGUUCCAGGACGAAUUACAAUUAAUAUUUCUACGUAGUUUUCGCCGAGUGGUUGUCACGAUGAUGCCCGGAAAAGCUCAACAAGGUGAAGAUCUACGAGCUACCUUAAGGAUUGUCGAGCAAUCAAUUCUGAAAGUCCUCUGGGAUUGUCCUGGCACGACAGCGCCUGGAUUCCCGUCCUUAAUCCAAGUAACAUCAUGGACUACUUCUCGGAAAGGAGCAAUCCGUUCUAUGACAGAACUUGCAACAAUGAGAUAAUCAAGAUGCAGCGUUUAAGCCCCGAUCAAUUGACCAAUAUGACUGGUUUGGAGUAUAUUCUUUUGCAUGUGCAAGAGCCGAUCCUAUAUGUAAUUAGGAAACAACACAGACAUUCGCCGACUUUAGCCUCCCCAGUUGCUGAUUAUUAUAUUAUAGCUGGUGUCGUGUACCAAGCUCCAGAUUUAGGAUCUGUCGUGAGUUCCAGACUGCUGUCCACAGUUCAUCACUUACAAUCUGCUUUCGAUGAGGCGAGGGAGUGCUCUAAAUAUCAUCCAAGUAAGGGAUAUUCUUGGGAUUUCAAAAAUGGCAAGGCUAUGGCUGCAAAAAAGGAAACGCCAGUGCGUGAAGAGCCUAGCUCGCUAUUUCAGCGGCAGAGAGUCGAUAUGCUGCUGGCAGAGCUCACACGUAAAUUUCCCUUACCAGUGCCAAAGCCAGUACAUCAAGCAACAGAAGCUUCUGUAGAGAUUAAACAGGAAGUGAAGACUGAGAAGAAAGAGCCGAAACAACAACCAGAAAAGAAACCUAGACUUAAUUAAUAAUGAUGGAUGUGGAAAACAAUCAUGUCUAAAUUUUUUAACUUGUAAAAUAAUAGAGAAGAAAGUGUAGCAAUUUCAUGUGUCUAUUUAAUUAAAUAUAUUUUAAUAUACAGAUGAUAAUAAAUAUUUAUGUGUCUAUAAA